UCUUAAACUGAAGCAAAGAGAAGAGAAUUGUGUUGUGUUGUGUUGUGUAGGUGUGAGGGAAAUAAUGGAGGAGAAUGACGCAGGCGCAGACCCAUGGUUGGCGGCAGAUAAAUUCUAUCACGUGAUCAUGUGUUUCUCCAUUACUCUUCUCUUUUACGUUUUCUCUUUCCUCACCUCACACCCUUUCCUCCGCCGCCACUCCAUUUCCAUUGGAUCCGUCGUUUCUCUCCUUGCCGGCGCUGCCAAAGAGGCCGCCGAUCAUCUUGGCUACUUCCGCUCCUCCGGUGCUUCAUUCAAAGAUGCCGUCGCCGAUAUCAUCGGUGUCAUCAUUGCUUCCUUCGCUCUUUCUCUCUUC